AGACAAUGACUGUUCCUUUGAUUGGUAUGGUCAACCCUCUGCUCUUCUUUUCUUCUUCUACUAUUACUGCUACUUCUACUACUAUAUUUAUUCAUUAUACAUAAUAAUUUUUACUACUUUCUUGUUUGGUUCCCAUUGUUGCUUUCUUCUACUAUUCAAACACACCAAAAAAAAAAAAAGGAAAGAAAAAUAACAGAACUUUUCUCUUUUCUUUUUCUUUCUUCCUCUCCCUUUCCAAGUCUAAAUAAGUUUUUCUUUUUUUUUUUUUUAAUAAAAAAAGGAUCCGUAAUCGAGAUAGAAAGAUAGCUGGGUCUAAGCUCCUAAUUGAUAGAUGGCAAAGGAAUUGCUUUUAUUUGUUAAUCUUUUCAAAGAAUUCUAUGUGGAAUCAUCUUAGGGUUUUCCUUUUGGAGGGACUGCAUCUUUCAUUUUAAGGACUUCUCUGAUAACUGACGGAUAGGUGUUUUAUUUAAAUCAUGGCAGAGUCCUGGGAUUCAAGUUAUGACCCCGGCAGCCAGUCAGAGGACAGUUAUCAUUUUGAGAGAUUUCAUAUAGAACCUAUUUAUGAUGCAUUUGUUUGUCCUUUAACAAAACAAGUCAUGCGUGAUCCUGUGACCUUAGAAAAUGGGCAAACUUUUGAACGAGAAGCAAUAGAAAGGUGGUUUAGAGAAUGCAGGGAGAGUGGCAGAAAAUUGGUUUGCCCUUUGACUCAAAAAGAAUUAAAAACUGCAGAACUAAACCCUAGCAUAGCUUUGCGGAACACCAUUGAAGAGUGGACUGCUAGGAAUGAAGCUGUUCAGCUGGAUAUGGCUCGGAGGUCAUUAAAUCUGACCAGUCCGGAAAAUGAGGUUCUUCAGUCUUUGAAGUAUGUCCAGUAUAUCUGCCAAAAAAGCCGAUCAAAUAAGCAUGUUGUGCGCAAUGCUGAAUUGAUACCUAUGAUCGUUGACGUGUUGAAGAGUAGCAGCCGUAGAGUUCGGUGUAAAGCUCUGGAAACACUUCAAACUGUUGUAGAGGAAGAUGCCGAUAAUAAGGCAAUAUUGGCUGAGGGUGACAUUGUGCGUACUGUAGUUAAGUUCUUGUCUCAUGAGCAAUCCAAAGAGAGGGAGGAAGCUGUGUCGUUAUUGCAUGAGCUCUCAAAAUCUGAAGCCUUAUGUGAAAAGAUUGGUUCAAUCAAUGGAGCAAUUCUCAUUCUGGUUGGAAUGACAAGCAGCAAAUCAGAAAAUAUUAUAACUGUUGAAAUGGCUGAGAAAACACUUGAAAAUCUGGAGAAGUGUGAGAACAAUGUGAGGCAGAUGGCUGAAAAUGGUAGAUUGCAGCCUCUUCUGAAUCAACUCCUCGAAGGUCCACCAGAAACCAAAUUGGUCAUGGCGUCAUACCUCGGUGAACUGGUUUUGAACAAUGAUGUGAAAGUUCAUGUGGCUAGAACUAUCGGUUCGUCUCUAAUUGAUAUUAUGAGGAGUGGUAACACAAAGUCAAGAGAAGCUGCUUUGAAAGCUUUGAACCAAAUUUCAUCUUAUGAGCCAAGUGCCAAGGUGUUGAUUGAAGCAGGAAUUCUUCCUCCUCUUGUUGAGGACCUAUUCAAAGUUGGCAGUAACCAGCUUCCUAUGCGUCUGAAGGAAGUCUCAGCAACGAUCCUGGCUAAUGUUGUGAACUCAGACUAUGAAUUUGAUUCAGUUUCGGUUGGGGCUGACCAUCAGACUCUAGUCUCAGAAGAUAUAGUACAUAACCUACUUCAUCUUAUUAGCAACACUGGUCCAGCUAUUGAGUGCAAACUUCUGCAGGUUCUUGUUGGUCUGACUAAUUCACCUUCUACUGUUCUGAACGUUGUUGCUGCCAUUAAAAGCUCGGGUGCCACUACCAGUUUAGUUCAGUUUAUUGAGGCCCCACAGAAGGACUUGCGUGUUGCUUCCAUAGAACUUCUUCAGAACCUAUCUCCGCAUAUGGGCCAGGAACUAGCUAAUGCCCUCCGUGGCACAGCUGGCCAGCUUGGCAGCCUAAUUAAUGUCAUAUCAGAAAACAUAGGAAUUACAAAAGAGCAGGCAACUGCUAUUGGCCUAUUAGCUGAACUCCCAGAGAGAGACUUGGGCCUUACACGGCAGAUGCUAGAUGAAGGGGCAUUUCAGGUAAUCUUCUCUAGAGUAGUAAAGAUCCGUCAAGGGGAGAUUAGGGGUACACGCUUUGUAACACCUUUUCUAGAGGGUCUUGUACGAGUUCUUGCAAGGGCUACAUUUGUUUUGGCUGAAGAGCCCGAUGCCAUUGCAUUCUGCCGUGAGAACAAUCUGGCUGCUUUGUUCAUUGAACUGCUCCAGUCCAAUGGACUUGACAAUGUGCAAAUGGUUUCUGCCAUGGCGUUAGAGAACUUGUCUCAAGAGUCCAAAAACUUGACAAAACUUCCUCAUUUUUCCCCACCUGGAUUUUGUGCUUCAGUCUUUCCUUGUUUUAGUAAACCACCUGUCAUAACUGGAUUGUGCCGGCUCCAUCGAGGAACAUGUUCAUUAAGAGAUACUUUUUGUCUUUUGGAAGGGCAGGCUGUUGAGAAACUGGUUGCACUUUUAGACCACACAAAUGAGAAAGUAGUUGAGGCAGCCCUGGCAGCAAUAUCGACUUUGUUGGAUGAUGGUGUUGAUAUUGAACAGGGGGUCAUGGUGUUGUGUGAAGAAGAGGGGGUCAAACCUAUACUUGAUGUGUUACUUGAGAAACGGACAGAGAACCUAAGGAGGAGGGCUGUUUGGGCUGUUGAGAGGCUCUUGCGGACUGAUGAUAUAGCAUAUGAAGUUUCCGGAGAUCCAAAUGUAAGUACUGCACUUGUUGAUGCCUUCCAGCAUGCCGACUAUCGAACAAGGCAGAUAGCUGAGCGUGCCCUUAAACAUGUUGAUAAGAUACCAAAUUUCUCUGGUAUCUUUGCAAACAUGGGAUAGGCCUCUCCCAGCAUCUGCGCAUGAAGUGAUCAAUGCAAGACAUGUAUGUAAUUCAUCCUUCGUCCUCUGCGAUUUUGGGUCCAUUUUAUGGCAUGGUUUGCAAAAUAGGUAGAUAUAGUGUAUAACAGAUUUUGUUCAUUUGUUGUUAAUGAUUCUCUUUUCUGUAACCUCCAUUUCUUUCUCAUUGCUGCAUAUAUUGUACUUUUGCAUAGAGAGUGGGUAUUGGUUCUUAUGAUGCUCUUCAGCAUCCUGCAUUAAUAAUUGGGACUCUUGUUUUCCUCUUAAGGUUCGUUGUUUUAGUCAUUUAUACUUUCUGGAAGACAAAUAUCAAAUAGAAAUGUAAUUGAGAUCUCUUAUUUUCA